AGGCUCUAAAUAGUCCAGUAUUAGAGAAGAGAGUGGACAGUGAAAAGGUUCAGUGGAAGUGAGAGAAUUAGUGAUGAUGGAGUUGCUCAUGCAGGGUUUGCUUCCUCUAUAACCUGCAGUGGACUUUUCCUGGUCAGGGAAAUUCUGUCCUCCUGACAUUUUACUUAUAAGCUUGCAUUCUAAACACAACAACAAAGCAAAGUCAUUCUGGUUGUGGACGUCAAUCUUGUUGGAUUUUUGACCGAUCGAUGAUGUUUUUUCUCUUUUUGAGUAUGUUGGUGUUUCUCCGGUCCUCUGCUGACGGAUCCAUCAAAACAGCUGAGAGUUACUGGACACUUAAACCAAAUGUGCUUGUUGUGAAUGUCGAUGCAAGUGAAGAUGUAAACAUGGUGCCACUUAUCUGUGGAGAAGCCUAUGAAGGGGAAAAUAUUACAUGGACCAGAAACAACGAGGAAAAUCUGGAGGAUCAAGGAAACAGGAUCGUCGUCACAGUGGAGGCCUGGAAGGGGGGCAACUUCUCCUGUUUCAACAGUGAGGGAUCCUAUCUAAACCACACACUGGUGCUGGCUCAGUGGUCCUUCAGGAAGUUUAUCAAGAAUACUCCUGAGAAAGGUUACAUUGAUUGUUCAACAAAUAACUACGGAGGUUCGUUCAAAUGUAAAUGGGAAUGGGGUGAGAACAGGAAUGGCCAUGUUGUUCAUAUCAAAGCCACACGCCCUCAUGGUGGAAGCAACAUCAGCUGCAGUCUGGAUGACGGAGGACAGUCUAUCACAUGCUUGGACCAUGACUACUGUCCCUAUGCAGAGGAGGUGGAGCGCAUCAACCUGACCAUAUACUUCAGAAGCAGCUUUGUUGUUGAAUCCUACAAUACAAAGUUCUACUUCAUGGAUAUCGUGAGGCCUGAUGUGGUGCCUAUUAGUAGGAUCAACAAAACAUCUGUAGAGGUCAAAUACCCACACUCCUGGAACACACCAUCAUCUUACUUCCCUCUCAUGUUCCAAGUGGUUCGCUGUCGGAAACGUGAAAAAUGUGACUGCUCCAAACCGAACUUACAAGAGAUUUUAUUCACACAAAGUCACCAGCUGCCAGUGACAAAAGGGAUGUGUGUGUGUGUGAGAGCCAAGGACGAAUUCUGCAAUUCCUCAUGGAGUGACUGGAGCCAGUACAAAUGCAAAACCAGGAAAAACGGAAAGCAGAGGAACAGAGAACCAAAGUUAAAGACGCUAUAAUUUAUUAUGCAUCAUUAAAUCAAAAUCAAUAGAACCAUUAUGAUGCUUUCUGUAGUUAUGAACAAUGACUGACUCUAUAAGACCUUCUAUGGUCAUAUACUGUGUAAUUAAAUGCAAACACAUAAUAUGUGUUCUUGUAAUAAUGUAUUUAUUGUAAUAACACUUAUGCUCUUAAAUGAAUUAUUUAUAACUGUAGUGCAUUUUAACUGUGUUAAAUGUAUUUAUUAUGAUUGCUGAUGUCUUUACUUGAUUAUUUAAGACAUAAAACAUCUAUAUGCUCUU